CAUCUUUGACAAUUUACGUACACACUUCUGCUUAUUCGUGGUAGGUUUUGUUCUUCCCUCGUUCCAUUCAUGCAAUUUCUUGGCUUUCACGGAAGCCACGACAAGAACAAGAAAUAAAGAUUUCACUGAGAUCAUAUUGGUUCCAUUGUGCGUGUAACCGCAAUGCGAACUUGGGAGAACCCGGUUACACUUGCGUGUAACACGGCCUUCAAGAAAACUCUACCUUCUUGCACUCUCCUUAUCAUCUUUAUCGCCGUGUUAUGCCCGGUAGUAAUGUCUCAGAUGGUUGUGCCAGAUUCAGACGCAGAUUGUCUCCUGAGAUUCAAAGAUACAUUAGCAAAUGGUUCGGGGUUUAAUAGCUGGGAUCCAUUUACAUCACCAUGUCGAGGAAAUGACGCGAAUUGGUUCGGUGUUCUAUGUACCAAUUUCGUAUACGGGUUACAACUUGAGGGAAUGAGCUUAACCGGGAAGUUAGACGUAGAACCAUUGGUUCCUAUGAAGAAUCUACGAACCAUAAGCUUCAUGAACAAUGAUUUCAUUGGCCCAAUGCCUCAGGUUAACAGGCUUACUUCUAUGAGAUCUUUGUAUUUGUCUAAUAACCGGUUUUCGGGGGAGAUACCAGCAGAUGCAUUUCAAGAUAUGCCCCAUUUGAAGAAGAUUUUCUUGGCGAAUAACGCGUUUCGUGGGACAAUCCCUGCUUCUAUAACUUCUUUGCCAAGGCUUAUAGAGGUGAGGCUAAAUGGUAAUCAGUUUCAAGGGCAUAUACCAUAUUUUAAACAAGAGGAUCUUAAGUUAGCUAGCUUUGAAAACAAUGAUCUAGAUGGACCCAUCCCUGAAAGCCUUCAAAACAUGGAUCCUGGCUCUUUUGCAGGUAACAAAGACUUGUGUGGUCCUCCCUUAAAUCCAUGUUCUAUUGAUCCAAGAUCUCAUCCUAGUCCUCCCCAGGGGAAGAAGAGCGAAUCUUUUAACACUAUAGCAAUCGUUUUGAUAUCUAUUGGAAUAAUACUAGUGAUCAUCGCGCUUGUGAUCUGUUUCAUCCAAUCAAGAAGACGAAACUGCCUGUCAGAUUAUCCUUCAGCUGGUAAAGAGAGGGUAGAAAGCUACACUUAUCAUGAGCCCGAGAUUGAUAAGAUCAAUAAACCAGCAGAAUCCGUUGUCAACCACGCAAGGAGAGGAUCCAUGCCUGAUCCAGCAGGCAGGCUUCUAUUUGUGAGGGACGACGUUAAAAGAUUUGGUCUUCAAGAUCUUCUUAGAGCUUCAGCUGAAGUUCUUGGUUGUGGAACAUUUGGUGCUUCAUACAAAGCAGCGAUAUCCAGCGGACAAACAUUGGUUGUGAAGAGGUAUAAACAUAUGAACAAUGUUGGAAGAGAUGAGUUUCAUGAGCAUAUGAGAAGGUUAGGGAGAUUAAACCAUCCGAAUCUAUUGCCUCUAGUCGCUUACUAUUACCGGCGAGAAGAAAAGCUCUUAGUCACUCAGUUAAUGGCUAAUAGUAGCUUGGCAAGCCAUCUUCAUGCAAAUCAUUCCCCGGAUCAACCUGGAUUGGAUUGGUUAACACGUUUAAAGAUCAUAAAAGGAUUGGCAAAUGGUUUAUCUUACUUGUUCAAGGAGCUACCAACAUUAACUAUCCCUCAUGGUCAUAUAAAGUCAUCGAAUGUGGUUUUAGACGAAUCACUCGAGCCAUUGUUAACAGAUUACGCUCUAAGACCGGUGAUGAGUUCAGACCAUGCACAUAACUUCAUGACUGCCUACAAAUCACCAGAGUAUAGACCAGAGAAAGGACAAGCCAUAACAAAAAAGACAGAUGUUUGGUGUCUCGGUGUGUUGAUAUUGGAGCUUUUGACAGGGAGAUUCCCUGAGAAUUAUUUAACGCAAGGUUAUGACCCGGGCAUGAGUCUUGUGACAUGGGUUAAUGACAUGGUUAAAGAGAAAAAAACAGGUGACGUGUUUGACAAGGAAAUGAAAGGGAAGAAGAAUUGUAAAGCGGAAAUGAUUAGUUUGUUGAAAAUAGGGUUGAGAUGUUGUGAAGAAGAAGAAGAGAGAAGGAUGGAGAUGAGAGAGGCUGUGGAAAUGAUUGAGAUGUUGAGAGAAGGUGAACCUCAUGAUGAGUUUGGUUCCAUGGAUCAUCGAAAGUCCGGCUACGAGGUCUAAGUUUUAAGUAUGAAUCAUAGUUCGAUAAUGUUGGAUGGUGAUGACUUUGGUUUUUAGAUGAACGGAUGAGUUUUAGGGCUUUAAAAUGCAUAACAAGAGCGUGAAUAUUCCUGCGGUCCUAGCUUGACCGGGGAGAAGAUUGAAAAACAUGUGAUGAUGGGCUUUUCUUCCUUUAUGGUUAGUGCAGAUGGUUAAGAAAAAAAUAUAUGAGAAGUUAGAGGUCCUGAAAAUGUGGUAUACGUUUCGAUUGUGUAUUUUCUGAUGAUCUUACUAACAAUAGUGAUUACAUUGUAAAGAGUAUCUCACUUCCUAAACUACAUCAAUUACAAUUACAUAAUAUUGAGUAAUAAAUGGAACACAAUCAUCCUCACCAGUAUAUCUUCUUCAUAAGCCCUAGCUUCUUCUUCUUUUGAAUCCACCAUGCUCAUGAUAUCUAGGAAGCUUCCUUUACUUGUAAAAAAUAUUAGGGUGUAAUCUUUAUCUUUGCUCUGCGUUUUUUUUAGGGAAGCUACCACUCCAGCAUUCCAUCAAAACAUUAGGCACCAAUUUUCCUUCACGCAUGUGUUUCAUCCUUCCAAUCCCACCUCCCUCGUUUGUGGAAUCCGAUCAAGAGAGAACUAAUAGUAACCAAGUUCAUAGAGAAAGCUCUAGUUUCCAUUUGCUCCACCAAUUAACGAGUGGGGCAACUUAAAGAUUUUAGUAGGGGCAGCUGGCCCCUCCCUGAGGCCUGAGGGUUCCAUCUAAAAGAGAAUUAUACACAAUAGUAUCAAGGAAAACCCCGUUAAAUCCUCACUGCAUCAUCCUUGAUCCAUCUGAUAAGAUUUACAAGAUCCUUGGAUCAGUAUAUGAUACAUCGAAUUAUCAGGUUCAUUGCCAGCUACUUCCAUUUA